AUGGGUGUCCAAGGGCUAUGGUCGCUGUUGCAACCGGUGGCGCGGCCAGUCACCCUGGAGACGCUCCGGGACAAGCGACUGGCGAUUGAUGCGAGCAUGUGGAUCUACCAGUUCCAGAUGGCAACGAGGGACAAGAAGACGGGAGACACGCUGCAGGGCGCGCACAUCAUGGGUACUUUCCGCCGAAUCAUGAAGCUCGUCUUCUACGGUAUCAAGCCUGUCUUCGUGUUCGAUGGAGCUGCUCCGUCUCUGAAGAAGCGAACCCUGGAGAAGCGCAGGAAAAGGAAGUCGGGCGCAGGACGUGACUUGGCCAAGACAGCGAGGGAGUUGUUGUCGGCUCAGCUGCGUGGACACGCUGUCGAGCGGGAACUCAAUCGUCGCAAGAAAUUGCGAAAAGGCAAGGAGAAGGCGACGGACGAAGUCGACGAGGACGCUGGGACGGGCGACGAGCUCGGCGAGAAUGUCGCGUACCUUGAAGACCUCGAUGCACCGAUGUCGCAAGACUCGCCUGCGAAACAGCCUUCGCCCGUCAAGGCCGACUCCCCCGCCUCUCCCGCCACGCCCACCAAGACGCCUCGCAAGAAAUACGUCUAUCGCGACGAGUACGCCCUGCCGAAGAUCGAUGGUCCACUCGAGUCCCGCGCGGACAUUUCCGACACUCGCAUCGCGACGGAGGAAGAGCUCCGCGAGUUCAUCGAGGACCUGCGACCCGAAGACCUCGACAUCAACAGCAAGUUCUUCGAAAACCUCCCUACCGAGGUCAAGUACGAGAUCCUCGGCGACCUGCGUAUCAAGACUCGACAGGUCAACCACCGACGAGUGCAGACUAUGCGCGGCUCGAACGCCCACGACUUUUCUCGCGCCCAAAUCGACCACUUGAUGGAGCGGAACGCCUACACGCAGAAGCUCCUCUCCGUGACGGACGAGCUCGGCAAGUCUGCCCUUGCGAUUCCGACGAGGGUCGCCGGCCAGCGGAAUCGCGAGUACGUGCUCGUCAAGCAGGACGUGAGCAAGGGCGGAGGCUGGGUUCUCGGUGUCAAGAACCCCGAGAUGUCGAGCAAUCAGCCGAUCACGAUCGACUCGACGACCGACGAUAGCGUCAGUACGCAUACGGAUACGGACGAGUUUGAGGAGGUCGGGUUCGACUCGCCGGAGAAGAAGCCCGUCGGCCUGCCCACUCCGGACCGCGAGGCUCGCCGUGCUCUUGCCGAGGAGGCUGUUCGCGCCCGUCUCGCUGCGCAGGUCCCCCUACCUGCGGCUGAUCCGUACCUCGACCAGCCCGUCGCCUCGACCUCGCGUGCGGCAGGUCUGUUCCAGCGGGACGGGCUUGCAGACGAGGAAGACGCGGCGUUGCAGCAGGCGCUGUACGAGUCGGCCCAGACGGCACCUCCACUUCCCCUCGGCGGCGGCCGAACAAUGCACUCCUCCUCGACUGGUCGCACAAGCAAGAAUGGCCGUGCUCGCGCUCGACCUAUUCCUUCUUCAUCACGCACUGCGAUUUCCGUUACGAUCCCGCCUCGGCCGACUGCACCAGCAGCUGAGUCGUCGCUCGACGCUACGGCGGCCAUGGGAAACGACACGGACGACAGCAUGGAAUACGUCGAUACCCCGCCUCAAACGACGAACGGCGAGCCUGCGGCCCGUCCAGCAGCAGCAGCAGCGAAUGGGGCAGUCGUAUUGUCGGACACGGACGACACCGACGCUUUUGAAGAAGUCUCGGUGACCGAGCCUCGCCAGCCCGUCGCAGCGUCGGUACAGCCCCCGCCUGCAGCAGCUCGAGCGCCGUCUCUUCCGUCGCCGCCUGCGCGAUUGCCUUCACCGCCCGUCGCGACUGCUUCAACUCAACCUCGCACGCUGUUCGACAGCAUCCUCCCAUCAGACUCGGACUCGGACGCCGACACAGAAGCUUCGCCACGGAAACGAGAUUCUCGCCCUUUACCUCCCGCACCGCCCGUCUCUCGCCCCCAGCCUCGACCACGUUCACCGCCCGCCUUUGCGCGACUCUCACCAUCGCCCGAUCCUUUUGAGUCGCUCGAAAACGGCGGGUCAGCGCCUGGCAUCCAGUCUCACGACUUCGCCCUCGAGCCUUUCGACACCGCCUCUUCCGCUCCCGCAAGUCAUGCCGUCGCGGCUCAGCAGGCCGUCGAUGUCGAUCCUCAAUCUCGGCGUGCGGCAAACGAGCCGUCUGGCGCCGUCGAGGACGUUGCUCAAACCGCCGUGGUACGUCUUGCUUCGCCGACUGAUCUUCCGGACCCGCUCCCGCCGCUCGAGAAGGCGCUCGAAGCAGUCGAGACGACCGAGAUGGCCGUCCUGCCCGACACGCUCGCGCAGCUGCCUUCUCCUGACCUUCCGCCGAACCCGCCCAACGCUGAGCCGAUCGAUCAGCCACCUGCACGAGAACAGCCGGCGCCUCUAUACAACGCACAGGAGGCAGUCGCUGAGCCUCCUGCGGCGGCACCUGCGAACGCCAAAGUGACCGACGAAGAGUUCUUCUCCGACUGGAGUCGCUCGCCGUCGCCGUCGCCUGACAAGCGCGCGUCGACGUCCGCGUCGACCGCUCAACGAGACGCGGAUGAUUGGUACGACGAGCUCGCAGAAAACGAGGUGGACGAGGCUGUCGCAGCGAUGGAGCGGGAAGAAGAGGCGUACGCGAACAUGCUGUCGGAGCUGAGGAACGAGAAAAUCGAGGCGAUGAGGCAGGAGGCUGAGCGGGAUGUCGCGCGCUUGACGGCGCAGCGAAACGCUGAGGCGAGGAAUGCGGACAGCGUGACGAGGCAGAUGUCGACAGACAUUAGGGAAAUGCUCAUCCUCUUUGGCAUCCCCUUCGUCGAUGCGCCGUCCGAAGCCGAGGCAGAAUGUGCAGCCUUGCUCGCUCGCCAGCUCGUGGACGGCAUCGUCACCGACGACUCGGACGUCUUCCUCUUCGGCGGCUCCCGCAUCUACCGCAACAUGUUCAACGAGGCGAAGUACGUCGAGUGCUACCUCCUGAGCGACCUCGAGCGCGAGAUCGGCCUCGACCGUGGCAAGCUCGUUCGUCUCGCCUACCUUCUCGGCAGCGACUACACCGAGGGUCUGCCUGGCGUCGGUCCGGUCGUCGGUCGCGAGCUCCUGGAGGAGUUCCCGGGCAAGGACGGCCUCAAGGUGUUCAAAGCGUGGUGGGACAAGGUGCAAAGUGGCCAAGACACCGAGAAGGACACGAACACGAGUUGGAAGCGGCGAUUCAAAUCGCAACACCGCAAUCUCAUCCUCGACAAGGGUUGGCCAAGCGCCGAAGUCGCUCAAGCCUACUUCCGACCAGUCGUCGAGGAAAGCGACGACCGCUUCAGCUGGGGCUUCGUUGACCUCGACGGUUUGCGCCACUACCUUCACCGUUCGCUCGGCUGGGACCAGACCAAGGCGGAUUCAAUCCUGCUGCCGCUCAUCAAGCGCGAGAAGGAGCGGAAGGAAGGCACGCUCAAGUCGCAGCGCAUGGUCACCGACUUCUUCGACUACAGCGCCGGCGACAGCUCGUUCUCGCGCAAGAAGCAGCCCAAGUAUGCGAGCAAGCGCUUGCAGAACGUCGUCGAGACUUGGAAGGCUACGCGCGACGCAUCCCGCAGCCCGACUCCCGGUGCGAAGGCGGAGGCGAAUGACGAUGCGAAGGACGAGGAGGCAACGCCUGAGCCGCUCCUAGUCAAGAAGAAGCGAGCUCCGCGAAAGGCGCCCGCCGUCAAGAAGACGACCGCCGCCUCCCGCAAGCGCAAGGCCAAGUCGGCCCGCGACGCUCGCGCAGCCGCCAACGGUGGCGUCUACUCCUCCGAGGAGGACUUGCGCUCGGACUGGGAGAAGGAGCAGGGCGCAGGAGGCGCCAGCGGUGCGAAGUCGAGGACUCAGCCAGCGAGGAAGAAGCGUAAGGCGGCGGUCGUCGUCCCCACGGGCGAGACGGACGAAGACGAGUGA